AUGCCGCCGCCGCCGCUCCGCGUGCCGCCGCACCUGCCCGACGAGGUCGUCGAGGACAUCCUCGUCCGCGUCCCCGCCGACGACCCCGCGCGCCUCCUCCGCUCGGCGCUCACCUGCAAGCGCUGGGCGCGCCUCAUGGCCAACCGCGGCUUCCGCCGCCGCUACCGCGAGCGCUACCGCGGCGCGCCCCCCGUGCUGGGGGUCCUCGCCAACCUCACCCUCACCGGCGGCGUCGCCCGAUUCAUCCCCAACCCCACCUGCGGCUUCCGCCCGGCCCGCGACGACCUCCGCGGCUACCGCGCGCACGACGCCCGCCACGGCCGCGUCCUCCUCAACAGGCUGCCGGGGACCCCCGCGCCCCACCGCGACCAGGAGUCCGCCCUCGCCGUCUGGGACCCCACCACCGACCAGCUCCGUCAGCUCCCCCUCCUGAAGCGGCCCCACCAGGUGCUCAACUGGAACGCCGCCGUGCUCUGCGGCGCGGACGCCGGCGCCGCCUGCGACCACCUCGACUGCCACGCUGGUCCCUUCCGCGUCGUCUUCGUCGGCAUCGACUCCGAGAGGAUCUUCGCCAGCGUCUACUCCUCGGAGUUCGGCGCGUGGAGCGACGCGACCAGCGCCGACCACCCCGGCGACGACCUCGACAUCGCCUCUCCCGGUGCUCUCGCCGGGAACGCGAUCCACUUCGUGUUCCUCAGGGGGACCAGGGUCCUCAAGUACGAUCUGGGCACGCGCAAGAUGUACCAUCUUCGCCUGCCGCGCAUGCUCGCCUACGGCUCUCGCAUCGUGCUCAUGGCCAUGGAGGACGGCAAGCUAGGGUUCGCGGAGCUGUGGCUGCAGUAUACUGUGCUCAGGCUCUGGUCACUGGAGCUUUCUCCUAACGGGUUGGAUGGAGCAUGGGUGUUGGGCAGAUCCAUCGAGCUCAACAAGCACCUUCCUGCUGAUGCCUUCCUCCCCGGGAGCAUGCCAUGUGUGGUUGCGUUUGCGGACGGCGCCGGCAUCAUCUUCCUGAAGAUGAUUGAUGGGCUCUACGGUCUUGAUCUCAAGUCUGCGCGGGCAACCAAGAUUUCCAUGGCCAGUGGCUUCUACGACAUCGUUCCCUUUGUCAGCUUCUACAUACCAGGUAACACCACUUGA